AUAAUGGCGUGUGUAUUAUGGUGGGUAGGCUGUGUACUGAAGCAAGAGGCUCUCUGGAACCGUGAAAAUUAUGUACCGGGUUUUACAUGGAGUGUGUUCUAAUUAAAUAAGGACAAUUAAACAAUCCACCGUGAAUAAUAAGAAAACAUUAUCCGGAAACACCUUUUUUUACGAAUAAUUGCUUUGCCCACGGCUAAUGUGCAUGUGCAGUAAUGAGUAACAUGAUCUCAUUUCUAUAAGUGAGUUGCACAAAAAGGACGAAAAAAUCUAGGAAGUUGCUUAUAUUAAAAUAACUUUGAGCGGCCGGCGAUUAUUUAUUACCGAGCAACACCUCUGGGUAGGUAUGCAUAAUUCAUGGAUACCCACUAGUUACACUGCCGAGCAAGAAUGUGGAGAGAAACCUGAGGGUAACAUCGAUUAUUGAGUUGCGUUUUAGGAGAGAUCGUCCACACGCCUCCUGUGGUCGGCGGCGGCAGCAGAGAGCCGUGGGAUGGAUACGGAGAGCAGUGGAAAGGAUCCAGACUGCCGAUCGUCACAGACAGAACCGCUAUAGCUGGGCGGAGAGAGAGAGAAAAUCCCCCCUUUCGCACACUCCUUUCUUUAUACGGGGAAAUCGAGGCGACAGGGUGGCUCAAGCCUCCGAGAAGACGAUUUAAAGGCUUUUAAAUCCCAAUAACGGGAAGAACAAAACUGUCGUGUGCACCGUAACGUUGUGGAUUAUUUUCAGCAUUGGAUCGUUACUGGUGAUUGCAGAACAUUGCAAGGUUUGGAAAAACUGCGCUCUCGCGGUUCAUCUAGGGGGAACUUCUUGCCUUGUGCGCUGGUUUCUGCUUUAUGGUUGAUAUUAAAGCGGAAUGAAUGACAAAGACAAAGGUUGACGCGACUUCGCCCACUCACUUAGCCUCCACGAAAGAAAGGAGACUCCGGCUGAAGAUGGACAGCGAGAACGGGAGCGGCGACGGCGGAGAGUCGCAGCCCCAGCAGGAACAGGCGGCGGUUCACACGCAUCAAGUCGGCGAGAAGAAGAAGAUCACCCGAGCCCCGUCGCCCGCAAGACCCAAAGAUGUUCCUGGAUGGUCCCUGUCGAAGAUCAGAGGGGGUAUCGGGACUACGACGCUGAGCAUUAAACCUGGAGGUAUGCAUUUGGGGAGCCGCUUAACAAGGCGCAGCCCCGGCAAAGAAAUUAAACUGGAAAAGGGGAAACUGUCGGGGAAAUCACUGCUCUCUGCAGCAGGUUCCCAAAAGAGCGGCGGCAAGUUGAGUAAAUCUGCACGAAGGAAGACAUCGGACGCCAGUAACGCCUCCGACGACUCGAGCAAGGACUCCGGGUGCGCCGCCGGUAAGCUAUCGCCCACGGACAGCAGCUCGGAGCUGUCGGACUGCCCGUCGGAGGAGAACAAGCUUUCCACGGACGCGCUGAGCAGCGACACGGAGACCAGCAGCCGCGGAGGAGGGACGGAAGGGGACAGCAAAAGCAGGGACCUCGAAUUGGAGAAGGGCGAUCGAGGUGACCACCAUGCCAAGAGCCAAGCAGAAAAGGACAGGAUCUCCCUGGGACUGGAGACCGGGGAAGGGAGUGUCUCUCCCGGCGACGAGAGAUCUCUUGCCUCAUUUGACAGCCGCAUGCCAGUUAGCACAUCGCUGGCUUUUUCCGACCUGACGGAGGAGUUCAUGGAUGGGAUGCACGACGAGUUUGUCAGGGAGAUCGAAGAGCUGAGAUCGGAGAACGACUACUUAAAAGACGAGAUCGACGAGCUGCGCUCAGAGAUGCUGGAGAUGCGCGACAUGUACAUGGAGGACGACGUGUACCAGUUACAGGACCUGCGGCAGCAGCUGGACCAGGCCAACAAGACCUGCCGCAUCCUGCAGUACCGCCUGCGCAAGGCGGAACGCCGCAGCCUGCGCGUGGCCCAGACCGGGCAGGCGGACGGCGAGCUCAUCCGGACAUUGGAGCAGGAUGUGAAGGUGGCGAAGGACGUGUCCAUCCGGCUACACAAUGAGCUGGAGGCGGUGGAGAAGAAAAGGUCCCAGUUGGAACAGGAGAACGAGGACCUGCGGCAGCGGCUGCAGGAUCUGGAGGUGUCCAAACAGGUCCUGCAGACCGAGAUGGAAAAGUCCAGAGAGAAUUCACUGAAAAAGAGGAAUUCCCGGCAGCCGAACAAAGCAGAGAAGAAGCCCUCUCCACAGGAGGAUAGUUCCGACCUCAAAUGCCAGCUCCACUUCGCCAAGGAGGAAUCAGCGCUCAUGUGCAAGAAGCUGACCAAAAUGGCUAAGGAGAGUGAGGGCAUGCGGGAGGAGCUAGCCAAGUACCGCUCGCUCUACGGAGACCUGGACGCCUCCCUGUCCGUGGAGGAGGUGGCCGACUCACCCCACAGCCGCGAGGCUGAGGUCAAGGUUCACCUCAAGCUGGUGGAGGAGGAAGCCAACCUGCUGAGUCGCCGCAUUGUGGAGCUAGAGGUGGAGAACCGGGGCCUGCGAGCCGAGAUGGACGAUAUGAAGUGCCAGGAACUGCCUGGGGGGGCGGGGCCUCUGGCACUGGGAGGGGGCGUGGCCACGGGAGACAGCACCGUGGAGCUGCAGAGGCACCUGCAGUUCGUGGAGGAGGAGGCAGAGCUGCUGCGGCGCUCCCUGCUGGAGAUGGAGGAGCAGAACAAGCUGCUGAUGAACGAGCUAAACCGCUACAAAUCGGAGCAGGAGCCCGAGGGGGACCUGGCGGUGGGGACGGUGGUGGAUGAGGACGCCGGCGAUGGCUGCGCAGUGGGCGAGCCGCCGCAGGAGGAGCUGCGUAAUGCGCGGCUGCAGAUCGGCGAGCUCAGCGGCAAGGUGAAGAAGCUGCAGUAUGAGAACCGUGUGUUGCUGUCCAACCUGCAGCGCUGCGACCUCGCAUCCUACUCGCGGCUCGCCAUGGAGACGGACGCCGAGGCGGGCGACUCUGCCGAGUGUGUGCCGUGCCAGCAGCGCCGCGAGGGGCCUGUGGGCGGCGAGAGCAGCGCGCCAGCCGAGGCGGAAAAGACGGCGGCGGAGGGCGGGCGGGGCAGGCACGUCGAGGCCACCCUGCAGGGCCUUAAACUGAAGGACUAUGAGGCCCUCCUGGCCGUGAGGGACCAAGCACACCUGGUCACCACCGCCAUCCAGCUUCUGACUGCAUCCGGCUCAGGCUGGCUGAUCCCCUACCGCAAGACAGCAUCCUGCCCUAACGAACCGGCAGAGCCAGAGAAGAACCAGGAUCUGCCCCUGAUGGAGGCGCUGAAUGGCCGGCUGGGCACCCUGCAGACGCAGCUGCUGUCCUUCAUAGACCGGGUGGAGGCCCUGAGGGUCAGGGAGGCAGUGGAGGGGCUCUCGCUGGAGAGCGGCAACACCGAGGACCAGGGCAAGAGCAGGGAGGCAACGGUCGAGCGGAAGCAGCCUGACUUUAGGGACCAAUCAGAGCAUCGGGUCAAAGGUCAGAACGUGCACCUAAGCAAGACAGAGGAGGCGGACAACAAGGAAAAGGACCAGGAUACCCAGCAGCCAGAGGGAAAGGAGACCGACACCACAGAGCAGCUAGACCACAUCCAGGAGCUGCAGGUUCUGCUGUCGGAGGCCAGGGACGCUGUGCAGAGUAGUCAGGAGCAGGUGUCCCAGGAGAGGCAGGCACGCCGGGAGGGCACUCAGAAACUGGCGCAGCUGCAAGAGGAGCACCAGAAGGCCCUGGUGCGGAGGGACUUCCAGCUGCAGAGUCUGAGCCUGCAGACCCGCCUCCAGCAGAAGUUCUGGAGUCAGGAGAGGAACCUAAUGGUGCAGGAAUCCCAGCAGCUGAAGCAGAACCUGCUGCUGCUCAGCCUGAAAUUGCGGUGGCUCCUCAAACAGUGGAGGCUGGGCAAGAAGCUGGAGGGAGAAGGGAAGGACAUCCUAGAGGUGAACAAUGUGAAGGACCUCUACCUGCUGCUGGAGGAGGAGGGCCUGGCCUCCCAUCAGGGGGACAACAAGGCCUCCGUGACAGAGGAGGAAUCCAGCCCGGUGGCCAAGGACGUGUGUCAGCUGGAACGGACCAUCAAACAGACCAGUGGGCUGAGCAGCACCUUGGCAGACCUGAAGGGGGCGCUACAUGACCUGACCACAGAGCUACGAGAAGAACGGCAGGGGUCCCAGGAGCUCACCCAGCAGUUUGCCCGAGCAAAGGCUUCGUGGGAGGCGGAGCGCACUGAGCUUAAGAGUCACAUUGCGCAGCUGGAGUCCAAAACGGGGAAAGCGGGAUUGGCGGCUGAGAAGGAGGCCCCAGAGCUGAAGGUGGCGUUAAGGAGGGAGCGCGAGGAGCACCAGCACCUGCUGGCCGACUCCUACGCCGCCGUCAUGGACCUGACCAAGCAGCUGCAGAUCAACGAGCGUAACUGGAGCCGCGAGAAGCUGGAACUGCUGGAGCGAUUCAAUCAGGAGCGUGGCCAGUGGGAGCAGCGGCUGCGAGACACACAGGCCAAGGCCGGCCAGCCAGAGAAGAUUCCAGAAAAGGGGGGAUCAUCAGAAGCAGAUGUGAAGAGGACCAAAUCCAUCUCUUCGGUGCCAGAAUUUGAGAAUCUUCCAGAAACCUGUCCUUUUGCCCCUAUGUGUGAAAUUGAUGGGAUUAAUGUUAAGGGACGGAAUGGACAGCCUGGUGUCCUGCCCAACCUCCUAACCCACUCUGACUUGAAUGACCUGAACAAGAAGAAUUGGAAGUACCUCACCAGCGAGGUAGCUCUUCUAGAGAAGGGAGAUCCUUUCAAAACCUGGGAUUGUCCUACCACUACCAGCAGCUUCCCAGGCCUGGACCUGAGCCUCAAGCACAUCCAGAGGAGCUACACGGCUCCCGACAAGACUGGGAUCCGCAUCUAUUACAGCCCACCCGUGGUUCGACGUAUGGAGAGAUGCUUGGCCAAGGGAUCGCCACAGGCUGAGCCAGGAAGCUCGCACAUUGGUGAAGGGACCCGAGGACCUGGGGACAAGGAGGAACCUGCUCCCAGCACCUAUGACAGAUGGCUCUGCAAGUUCUCCAAGCAGCAUCGGGAACUGCUAGAAAACGGACCUGCCUCCGUGGCCUCAGCCGGCCUUCCCUCGCCAUUCCACGACCUGGAGAUCUCAGGCAACCUGAGCGAUGACAUGAAGGAGAUGACCAACUGUGUCCGGCAAGCCAUUCGGUCCAGCUCCCUGGAGAGGAAGUGCAAGGAUACCGCGUGCCAGACAGUGGGCGUGGCCAGCACCGGAACCCAGACAGCCCAGUUUGUCAGCGUGGGCCUCCAGACUGAGGGACCCAGGAGUAGCAGUCUCCAUACCAAGGUCCUACCACCACGGGUGUCCUCACUGGCAUCAACACGUUCGCGCCAGAUCUCGAGCUCCCUCGAGAAGGUCCACAGCCGCAUCGAGAGACCAUGUUGCUCACCCAAAUACGGCUCACCCAAGCUCCAGCGCAGAGUGUCGGCCUCGUCCUCCAAGCUGGAUGGAUCCAAGGACCGGAGCCUGUGGAACCUGCACCACCGUGGGCAGAAUGGUUCUGCCUGGGCCCGCUCCACCACAACCCGUGACAGUCCCGUGCUCAGCGGCCUCAACGACGGCCUGUCUAGCCUCUUCAACGUGGUGGAGCACUCAGGCAGUGUGGAGUCCCUGUGGAAGAUGGAGGCCCCCAGCACUGGCCCCAAGGCAGCUGGCAAACCUAGCAGCGAGCCCGGCGUCCACAGAUACGGCAUCGUCCAUGAGUUCUUCCGCAACGUAUGUGGCAGGGCGCAGACGCCCAUGCCAGCUGCGGAGGAGGGGCCGCACAGGGAGGGGAUGCCAGCCAAUGAGGUGAAGCCAGAGUGGCCCCCCAGCACCACAUUGGCUGGGAAUGACAAUGUCACCAAGAUUGUUAACAAGAGGUUCAUGAAGCAGAGUCCGCGGGAUGAGCAGGGCCAGGCUAUGUCGGAGCAGGAGUCGACCUGCGAAUGCACUUCCCCGCCUCUGACCUCCUGCUUCUCCCGGCCAUCCCGCUUGGCCGCCCGUCAUGCCCCAGGCCACUGCAAGCUGCGCUCGCCGGAUUCCCUGGAAGAGAAAGGGGACGUGGUCCACGUGGAGUGAGGGGACAGGAGGUGGCUCUGCCUAAUCGACACCUCCCGCACCCAGGCAGGAAGGUGCAGUGGCUAGAUGUCAGAUUCUAAUGCCAAGGAAAAAGAGCUUGUAUUCUAGAAUAUCACCCAAACUACUGAGGACUACCAGCAGAAAGCAACAUCACCAGGACAGAGCAAGAGUACUGGGAAUCCACCUUACCUUACUCUACUGACUGUUUGCGCUGUAUUCUAACUACUUAACUUUGUCAAACCCUUCUCACCCCCCCCCCCAGCAUUAACGUGCCUCACCAUCCCAUUUUGUAGCAAUCCCACCCCCCAAGUUUAAGAAUUUGAAAGGAGAAUCAUCCUUCCAUGCAACCUCUUUGGAUGAAUCCAAAUCAUUCCGUGAUCACCUCAUUCCCCAUGCCAAGGAAGGGUGGGGGAGAGAUUCUAAUACACGUGCCUCGAAAGGUGGCCACAUUCACCCCCCCCCCCCUUUACUUACAUGGGGUCUGGGGGAACUGCAUCCAGCAGGUCUUAGCAGAAUGCCAGGAAUCCAGAAAGAAGCUCACUUAUAGAUAUCGCUGAAGCCCAUCUUCCCUGAAACUGGUACUUUUUAUUGAUACGAGUUACUAUUGCGGCUCGGACUGUAUACAGCCAGUAUACUUCAGAAAACACUAUCAUUGCCCCGUCUGCCACAUGCGGUUUUGAGGCUAUGCACAAUUACAGGCAGUCCAAGCCCAGCUGUAAACAUGCCGGGUCAGAAUCAUGAAUCACCCUCAGUGGACGGGACCUUUUUGAUCUUUUGUUUUUCCAUCCUUUCCGAACCACACGCCAUUUUUUUUUUAUCUAUGGUUCUCACGUUCUUUUACUGUGUGCUGAGCUCCACCACUGUCCUGAAGGCAUUUGGGGGUGAACCUGAACGACCAAAACUGGUUGGAUGUCCGGGUUAGCGUGUCACUUCCUGACACUGAAGCGUAGUAGCUUCAGGAGUGACGAAUGCACCCAUUAUGAAAUCUUUUAUGGCAUAUUUCAUGUUGGUAUUUAAUUUCUUAAUUUUAAAAGGACUAAAAAGGAGAAAGCUAAAUAUUUAUGUUCUUUUGAUACUGAGGGAUUUAUUUUUUAAUUUUUUAAAAUUAUUUUUAAACAUUUAUAUCUUCUGUCUUGAUGGUGCUGGACAAACAGGUUUCGUUAAGUGUGUUUAUAUAGUGAGUUUAUAUAGACAUAUGGCUCUCCAGUUAAGAUUGGUGUGUGUUACGGGCUUUCCAGGCAGAUGCCUUAAAGACAGGAGGAAUCUCUUGCCAAGCAUGCCGACUUCGAGCUGCCUGGGAUUGGCUGUCCGGCCUCGUCUCCCAACAUUGCUGAUGUCUUAGGCGCAUGAAGCUUGGGUCAGUGUCCCUGCUUUCGUGAAAGUGACAGCCACACUAUUUUAGUGUCACACAGAGAGCAGAUCACAACGGUAGUUAGAAUGGCAGGUAGUGAACCUGAAAAUGCUGUCCCCCAGCGUGUAAUGCUGCUGUCUCCAAAAUGGCUACCUCCUCAUCCUCAGUACCUUAACGAUCACGGGAAUCCACCUGGCUCGUCACACCCAUCUCCCCGAUUUAACAAAGAGCAUUAAAAUAAACAAUCGACGGUUAAUUCCAGCAGGUCACGUCAGUGCCUUUUUCCUACAGACUUAAUAUGGUGGUAAGAAAAAGCAAUUAAAGAAUCCGACCGGAGGCGGAAGAGAGUCUAACCGCAGAAAGAACGCAAGCUGACCAAACUGUUUCGAGCAGUGUUUCCCAGUCCGGUCCUCGGGGACCCACAGCCGGUCCACAUUUUUGUACCCUCCAAGCUCCCUGCCAGACAGACCACAUUUCUGCUCCCUCCAAGCUCCCUGCCAGACAGACCACAUUUUUGCGCCCUCCGAGCUCCCUGCCAGACAGACCACAUUUCUGCUCCCUCCGAGCUCCCUGCCAGACAGACCACAUUUCUGCUCCCUCCGAGCUCCCUGCCAGACAGACCACAUUUUUGCGCCCUCCGAGCUCCCUGCCAGACAGACCACAUUUCUGCUCCCUCCGAGCUCCCUGCCAGACAGACCACAUUUCUGCUCCCUCCGAGCUCCCUGCCAGACAGACCACAUUUCUGCUCCCUCCGAGCUCCCUGCCAGACAGACCACAUUUUUGCGCCCUCCAAGCUCCCUGCCAGACAGACCACAUUUCUGCUCCCUCCGAGCUCCCUGCCAGACAGACCACAUUUCUGCUCCCUCCGAGCUCCCUGCCAGACAGACCACAUUUCUGCUCCCUCCGAGCUCCCUGCCAGACAGACCACAUUUCUGCUCCCUCCGAGCUCCCUGCCAGACAGACCACAUUUUUGCGCCCUCCAAGCUCCCUGCCAGACAGUGCACUUGGAGGUCCGGAUUGGGAAACACUGGUCUGGCGCAUGACCACAUGACCAAAUACGACAUUCCUCCCCCCCCCCCCCCCCCCCCCU